AUCACUUCCAUCCACAUUCUUUCAAAUUCAUUAUUUACUAUCCGGUCACUUGAUUGUAGACAGUAUGAGCUACUGAAAGCAUCGUUAAAUGAACAACACUGUAAUUUGGCUGAACACCAAGGAGCUGAAACAUCAUAGUUCACACUUGACAUGUUUUUGUGAUGUUAUUAGGUGUCUGCAGUCACUGCGCCCAUACCAUGGGUUACUGCUGCUGGUGGAAUCCAGUGAACUGCUGAACCACCUGCCCCCUGAUGCCUCACCUGCUCUGGUGCGCCUCGUCCGCAUGUACAGCCCCCUCAAGAGCCUCCAGACCUUGGCUGCAGAUGCUGACCUCACUGUAUCCCAGGUGUUCCAGCUGGCAGGCCACCUGUUGUACUGGGCCAGGGCAACUGUAAUCUACCCAUUGUGUGAGAGUAAUGUUUAUGUCAUUGCUCCAGAUUCCCCAACACAUGUCAGCUCUCCCCUUAUCGAGCGCUUCUCGGAGCAUUUUCCAGGCAUGAACCUUUUGCAGGUAUGAAAUGUUAAAUUCUCAUGUAACUGAUGAAUGAGUCUGUGGACCUCGCUGUCCUUCUCUUACCACGUUGAAUACCAGAUUUAAAUACCUCAUGCUAUCCUCUGUUCAUGGGCAGUUUUUUAAACUUCAGCGAAAUAAUGCAUCCAAGAACAAUUUGUAUUGUCACUCACCCUUGACUGAUUUGUAUGAAACCUGGAGGGAAUGUGUGUGAAGACACUUUUCAGUAGCACUGAACAAAGCUUGCAUAUACUAAUAUAUUGA